AUAGUUUUUCAAGAUGGCGAUAGUUGCCUAGCUGGGGUUCAAUGUAUCAUUAUUUAGUCAAUUCUUCACGUCUUACCGCGUCAUCCGUAUCAUAGAUGUCCCGUCUACACAAUUUGUACGUAACAUCUCGUCACUUCCUGCAGUCCUUCGCUCCAAAAAUAUCCGUACAACGGAUUUUCGGGGCUCGUUUUUUCUGCGAGAAUUCAACUCCAAGGCCUUCACCCAAAACAUCGGCGCAGACUUUUGGAGUUUUGUUAGACAUCGACGGAGUUCUUGUCAGGGGCCGGAACCCAAUCCCCGGAGCGAAAGAAGCCUUGAGACUGCUUCAAAAGUCGGAUGUUCCUACAGUUUUCUUGACAAAUGGUGGCCUUGAAAUGGAAAAGGAACUGGCGGAACAUCUUUCAGAUAGGAUUGGCUUUGAGGUACGAGAAGAUCAGAUGAUUUUAUCACAUACACCUCUAAAAAUGUUUGAUUGGCUUCACAACAAACAUGUUUUGGUAUCUGGUCAAGGAAGUGCUAAAGAAAUUCUUGAAGAAUAUGGAUUUACCAAGGUAUCUGAUGUUGAAGAUGUGCGAAGAGCAUAUCCAUUGCUGGACAUGGUAGACAGGGAACGUAGAUAUGACUUUGCUUCUCUUGGUUAUGCUCCUGAAGAAUUUCCACCUAUUGAAGCAAUAGUAUUGCUUGGAGAGCCAGUUAGAUGGGAAACAAAUCUUCAGUUGGUUAUUGAUAUGCUUGUUACCAAUGGAAGCCCAUCAUCUAGUGUGCUGUCUAUACCAAGCCCCCAUAUUCCUGUAAUUGUUUCAAAUACAGAUUUAAUAUACAUGGCGGAAGUUUCAUUACCCAGAUUUGGACAUGGUGCUUUCUUGCUUAGCUUGGAAAAUCUUUAUAAGAAACUGACUGGUCAAAAAUUGGUUUACUCAGCAUUUCUAGGAAAGCCAUACUUAACAAGUUACCAGUAUGCAGAAUACUGCCUGAAUCAAAACAGUGGAGGAGCAUCUGGCAAUCUGAGAACACUAUAUGCUGUUGGUGACAAUCUGGAUACAGACAUUUAUGGAGCCAAUUUGUGUCAUGAGUAUGUAAAGGUAUUUGAUGAUGGUAGUGAAAAUAUUAAUACUUAUGAACAUCAGCCAAAUGACUCCUCAAGUCAACUGGAACAGAAUACAUUCAAAUGGUUACCUGGGGUUAGGAAAGUAGAAUCAAUUCUUGUCCAAACUGGUGUAUCAACUCAAGAUAAUGACAACCAGCCUUCAACCAAGGAAGAUGCUCGCUAUUUACAUCGCGACACUCAUUUUCAUCCUCACUUGAGGAGAGCAAACCAUGUUGUGGAGAAUAUUGCCCAAGCAGUUGAACUGAUCCUAAAGCAGGAACAGAUAAAUUCCCAAUAAUGAUGCAACAAUGAAUAUGUAUAAAAUGGAGUGUUUGUAAAAUUAAAUACAUUUAUUCUUAUAAAUUCCCAGAAAAAUGAUGCAAAAUAUUUCAUAUAUUAUACUAACACAGUAUUUUUGCAAAUUUAUAACUUGUCUUCAAUGUAGGAAUGGUAGAUAGUAAUUAAUUAACUAGUAUAUAGAAAUAUACUGGUAAUGUGUCCUAAGGUAACCUGCUUAGACUAAUUUUAAAAUUUCUACUCUACACCAAAUUUCAGUGGGAAUGGUUUUUGAUUUGAUUAAUGGAGACAAAAUAACAUUCCAGUCGUGACUCAUUUAUUGCUUUAAAACAAUUUACUUGUGUAUUACAUCUAGUUAAGUAACUUUUUUUCAAAGUUUCAUUUGAGAAAAAUAAUGAUAUUUUCAAUCUAGGAUAGGGCUUUUUACUUUUAUUAUCAUAAUGGCAAUACUUAAAAAAUUUAUAUAUAUAUUUAGAAAUUCAACCCACAAAAACACAUUAUCGUCAGAUGAUUACAUUCUUAGCUUUCGAAUAUUCAUAGAAAUUUCAUGUUUUCAUUAUUAAUUUAUUUAAGAUGCAUCAUUGUUUUCAAAAAUAUAUUGUAUAGUGGUUAUAUUAUUUAUACAAUUAGCUCUGAGUGUUGGAAUUUUUUUUUAACCCUUUAACUCCUAAGAUCUCAUUAGUAAUUCUCCUUACUGUCUGCCUUAUAGUUCUUGUGAUGUUAGUUUGGAGAAUUUGAUAUUGGAUCAACUAAUAAUUCCCUAAUUAAUAUUUUUCUAUAUUCUCAUUAUUUGUCUGCUUGACACUGUAUUGAUAUUGUUAGGAGAAAUUCUGUCUUGGUCACUCUUGGGAGUUAAAGGGUUAAGGACAGUGUUGUGUUUCACAAGGUUUUAUUUAGAGGAAGAUGUUACCUUAAUUUUAAUCUGUUUUUAUUUCUUGGGAUCACAAUUUUGUGUUAAAUAUUUAUUUAAACAUGAAGAAUAAAUUGUUUUUAAU